GCAAUACAUUGUGAUUAGCAAAAUCAAUUUAGCAAUUGCAGCCUCCUUGAUAACUCAUAUUUCAGUUUGGUGAUGGCUGCCUAUAGUGCAGCGAUUUCUCUCAAGAAUACGAUUCAGUGCAUUGUGCAGUCGUCUCGCAUUUUGCUAGUUUCUCCCUCUCCACAAAUCUUACAACCCGCCUACGAUGCCAUGGUUCGCUUGCAGAAAGUUCUGCUAAAAUUGGACGACACCGGCUACAGCAAGAUUAGGACGAAGGUGAAUGAUUUGGACGAGCGAAUGAAAGAGGUCGUAUGGGAAUUCGAGGAUUUACUAGAAACUCAUGUGUAUCAACAGAUUCUUCCACAACUCGAAAGCUCAGUAGGUGGUGAGAGACAUCACUUAUCUUUCUCUGUUGAUCUGCAGAGUCUAAAACACUAUGUUGAUUACUUACUCAAGAGGGUGACCGUGAUGGAGGAGGAGUACGAUGUUGAUCUCUCGAAUAUGCCAGAAGAAGAAGGUGUGCCUAUUUCCUCAAGAAUUGAUUUUGGUAGAAUCAGCUCAGAGAUGAUUGGACACACUGUUCAAUUUGAAGAAGCCAGGGAUCUUCUUCUUGCUGAAAAUGGAGGGUGGUUAUCAAUUGUUGGGAUGGCAGGGGUUGGAAAGACCACUUUUGCAAAGAAAGUAUUUGACUCUCCGGCGAUUAAGAGACAUUUCGGGCUUCGAGCAUGGGUGAGAGUGGGCAGAAAGUGUGAAUACAAUGAAAUAUUACGAUGCAUUCUAGCUCAAGUGGAUCCUACCUCUUACAACAAGAUGGUUACCCAAGGAGACGAUGAUGACAACGAGAAAUUACUUGGACUUUUGGGGAAAAGAUUGAAGGAUAAGAAAUGUCUCAUCGUGAUGGAUGAUGUAUGGGAAUGGGACACACGAGUAUUGGAUAAGUAUAUAGAUGAUAGUAAUGUCCGAGUCUUGCUUACAAGUAGACAAAGACUUGAAGAAUUGGAGGAUCCUACUUCGAAGGGUAUAUUAUGCUUGUUGGAUGACGAAGAAAGUAAGAAAUUACUGGGUGCAAAAGUAUUCGGUGAAAAGGGUUUCCCCCUUCACCUUGAAGAAUUGGGAAAGAAGAUUGCAGAGAAAUGUGAAGGCCUUCCGCUUAUGAUAGUCACGGUUGCAGAGCUCCUAUCAAAAGCCAACAAGAGUAUGACUGAAGUGUUCCUAAACCGAGAAGAGCUUAACAAGAGUAUCCAAGAAUUAUGGACUGAGGUAGCCAAAAAACAACAUAAUUCAGUCUUUGUGGAUGCAUAUAAUCAAAUAUCAGAGGUACUUUUUCCAAGCUAUAACUACUUACCUCAGUAUCUAAAAAUGUUUUUUCUCUAUUUGGGAUCUUUUCCUCCAUAUAGUGAUAUUGAAACAGACUCUCUGUGGAACCGGUUUAUUGCCGAGGGGUUUCUUGAACCGAUUGGAAAAGAAACUUUGAAUGAUUUUAUUUCUGACUGUUGGGAGAAGCUUGAUCACCAGUAUCAUCUUGUUCUAACCGAAAUAAACCCAAAAUCAUGGUUUUCAAAAAACGAGUUUCGCGUGCAUUCUUGCUGGCAGCACAUGUGUAGGAAAGAAGGUAGUAGGAUCAAGUUUCUGCAUGUUUUACAAAGUUGUGGCGAUGAUGAUAUAAAAGACCAACGCCGAUUGUGUGCCCAUAGUAACAUGUUAUUUGCCUUCAAACAAGUGUAUGGUUCAAUAAAAAGUGAUUGUGCAUCCACUACCCGUUCUCUCCUUUGUUUUGGUCCUUACCACCGAUAUCCAAUGCCAAUAGAGGACAUGGAUUUCAAAUUGCUCAAGGUACUAGAUGCUUGUAAGGUCCGAUUUUACCACAUCCCACUUGAAAUUCUGAAACUUGUUUGUUUAAAGUACCUUGCCCUAUCUUACAACAAAGAGCUCCCUAUUUCCAUAUCCAACCUUUUUCACCUUCAAUGCUUGAUCGUCCAGCCACAUGUGUACAUUAAACAUCGUGGAGUUGUGUCAUAUAUGCCAAUGGAAAUAUGGGACAUGCAAGAGUUGCAACGAAUUACUGUUUUGGGAAGAGACCUACCAACCCCUAAUUUUGAUGCCACUUUGGAAAAUCUCUCCACUAUUUCUGGUGUGAGUCCGAAGAGUUGCACCCGAGAAAUUCUCAAAAGAAUCUCUAAAUUAAAGAAAUUAGAGAUUAUAAUGAACUUGAAGCCAUAUGAUGACGAUGGUGAUGAUAAUGCAUUGAGUGGCUUGGGUUAUAUAUCGGAAGAACUCCAGAAGUUGAACGUACUUUCGUAUAUUGUCAUGAACCCUGAGAUGAAGUAUAAGUCUACGGUCCCUCUUUCAAUGUUCCCGUCAAGUUUGACAAUACUGAAGUUGAAUGGCUUGGGGUGCCCAUGGAAGCACAUGAAUGACAUUGGUUCAAGGUUACCAAGUCUUAAGAGCCUCGAGUUAUUUCAUUAUGCUUUUCAAGGCCCAAAGUGGGAUAUCGAAUUUGGAUGUUUUUUGAACCUUAAGAAACUUGUAAUUGAAGAUACUGAUUUGGUGCGAUGGAGAGUCCAACAUGGAAGCCUCCCAAGGCUUCACCUCCUUAGCAUACGACAUUGCUACAAGUUACGAAAACUCGAUUGGAAACGUGAUCCCUCGACUGUCACGACUCCCGUAAUUGAAUUAGUUGAUUGCAAUCUCUCAGCCGUCACUUCGGCCAUGAAACCUGGCUUUAAAGUUCACUGCGCCUUUUCUUGGUUAGCAUGACUGCCUUCCAACUUCAUAUAAGUUGCACAAACCAUGCAAUUGAGGUAGCAGAAGCAGGCAAAUGAGAGAGCAGAAGGGGUCAUAUGCCGCGUUAUCCCAUUGUUUUCAUUGAAUUACUAUGUUGUUUCCUGAAUCUAAGGAUAGCAAAUUGUUGGAUUUUGUUGAGG